AUGGAUUGCGAUGACGAGUUCGGAGAUCUCUACGCCGAUGUCCACCGCCCCAUCCCCGCUGCCCCCGAUCCCCUCGUCGCCCUUCCCGGUGGCGAUGAUGACGACGACGACAACGUUGAAGACCGGAUCUUGUUCGGGCCCCACCGGUCCGGCCAAUCUGCCGAACUUGCUGCGACUCCAUCUAGAACUUUAGCCGACGGCGGCGACGACUGGCUGCUCGGCCGCGCGUCCCCUGCCGUGGAGACGCCGGCGUAUUGGGAUGACGACGACGAUGGACGCCCGUCCAGGUCGGAUGGCGCGCCUAGGGUUUUUCAGAAGGACUUGGAGGGAGAGGCUAGGAUUUCUGGGAUUCCCCGUGGGGAGGGAGCGAAUGAAUCCCUGGUUUCUCAGGGAUUCUCAGCUGACCUCUCAGGGAUUCUUAGCCGGUCAUCCCUGGCUUCUCAGCUGCUGCAGACCCUCCGGGGCCUCUUUUGGUGCGGGCGGUGGAGGCAUGGACCGGUCGGGCAGUCAGGGCCGGACAGCGAUAGCGAGAAUGAUCUCCAGAUCCUGCUGAAUGGCAACGACCAUCGUCCACUUAAUGGUGUGAGAAAUGAUAGUUUCAGAAAGGAGUAUGAGAAUGAUUGCAAGGAUGGAGAGGAUGAUUUAGUUAUUGUCACGGAUGAAGGUCAUUAUCAUCAGCAAGAUUGGGCUGAGGAUGCCAUGCAGCCGAGUAAUGAUGGCGUGAGAAAGGAGAUUGGGAAUGCUGACAAAGUGACAGGUUCUGCUGAAGAGUUCCUGGGGGCUGGGGGGAGGACUGGAUACACCAAUCAUCAGUCGACGCACAAGCCUCCUCUUGCUUUUGGUUCCAUUGCUGGUCGAGGAAGAGGAGACUGGAAACCUGCUAGCGUUGGGGCUAUUCCAAAUGCCUCCAAACAUAUCCAUUACAGGUUUUUUGGAGUUCCUGCUUGGGCAAAUAGUUCAGUAGCCUGUGCUUUUGGUAGUGGGCUUGACUUUAUGCUUCCUGCACACAAGUAA